CGGGUCACAUGUGAACCACCGGCUGAAUUCAAAGGAUGACCUCAGAGGUCAGUGGGUUCCCUACUUCUUAUCCCUACAUUCAUCACAAUUGUGAAUUUGCGUGGCUACGGUUCCUUGAAGGCGCAUUGUACCCUUCUCAACUUCUUCUGUAAUCGAUACACCAAUUCACCCGUGAAGUGCUUCAUCUUCAACUAUGUCGUCGCCACCGGUGUCGUCUGUGUCCGUACCUGCUAAGAAGGUGCCUUAUCCAUUUUGGCUUGGUGGUCUUGCUGCUACCAUCGCAGCUUCUAUUACACAUCCUCUAGAUCUAACGAAAGUCCGACUACAAGCAUCGGGGGACAAGCGUAUGAUAGAGAGCAUGAAGAAGACUGUACGCACAGCUGGCGCUCGAGGUCUCUUCGAUGGUAUUUCUGGGACGUGGUUACGUCAGAUGUCCUAUUCGAUGUGCCGAUUCUGGGCAUACGGCGAGAGCAAGAAGAUAAUUGGUGCGGGGAAGGAUGCACCGGCGUACAAGUUGGCGCUCGCCGGCUCAAUGGCUGGCGGUAUUGCUGGUUUCGUUGGGAAUCCUGGAGAGAUCGUCAUGGUGCGUCUCCAGGGAGAUUUCGCGAAACCACCGGAGAAGAGAUUCAACUACAAGAACUGCAUCGAUGCACUGUUUAGAAUGGUCCGUGAAGAGGGUGUUUCCUCUCUUGGUCGUGGAGUGGGACCCAACGUGUUCCGUUCCGUUCUGAUGAACGCCAGUCAGCUCGCUUCAUAUGAUUUCUUCAAGGCCGAGCUCUUGAAGACACCGUAUUUCCACGACAACAUCCUUUGCCAUUUCACGGCGAGCUUUGCUGCUGGUACCGUUGCGACGACGGUCUGCUCUCCCGCUGAUGUAUUAAAGAGUCGCAUCAUGAAUGCAUCAGGACCAGGAUCGAAUUCUACUCUUGGUGUCAUCAAGGCUUCCUUGAAGAACGAGGGUCCAAUGUUCAUGUUUAAGGGCUGGUUGCCAGCUUGGACUCGUCUGCAACCGACGACGAUCCUCAUAUUCUUAAUAUUGGAACAGUUGAAGAAUGGGGUUGAUUUCUCGAGAAGCAAGGGGUAUACGUUCUUGUGAGGUUCGAUAGAUGUGAAGUAUGCUACUAAUAUUAGCGAUGUAUACCAGAGUGGACAUGAAACUUGUGAAUUUUGAUCAAUCAAAAGUCAAA